ACCACGUGACUUGGUCAGUUUGAUUCUUGUUCUGAACUACUGAUUCAAAGCAAAAGAUUCGUUAUCGUUUUGAAGCUUCAUGGAGAUCAUAACUACAUAAACGCGAGGCUUGUUUUAACCAUAUGGUUAUAUAAUCUCUAUUAAAGAAUAGACUGAAUCAAACGUGACUGAUUGAGCGAUCUAUGGAAUAAACGGAAUCGAACAUUUCCUGGUGAUAAAGAUGGAACAGCACGGAAACAAUCAGAGCACAGAAACACCAGGUGUACAGAGGCAAACCUGCCAGUCCUCACCUAGACAAGAGCAGAAGAAUAAAACACAGUAUCAGAAUGAACUGAAAGAAGAUUUUGUCACUUGCCAUGAAUGUGGGAUGAAUUUCUUUGACCAAGCAAGUCUUGAGCAGCACAUGAGAAUUCACACAGAAGAGACACUGUUCAUCUGCCCUCAGUGUGGAAAGACUUUCCCAGUGAAAUACAGGCUUGAGGCUCAUUUAAGAAUUCACACUGGAGAGAAACCAUUCAGUUGCUCAGAGUGUGGAAAGUGUUUCAUGCAACAAGGUCAGAUUAAAAGACACAUGAGAAGUCACACUGGAGAGAAACCUUUCACUUGCCCUCAAUGUGAAAAAAGUUUCACAUCGAAACAAAGCCUUAAAGGUCACAUUAGAAUUCACACUGGAGAGAAACCUUUCACCUGUUCUGAUUGUGGAAAGAGCUUCACAGCACUCGGACACCUUAAACGUCACAUAAAAACUCACACUGGUGAGAAGCCUUUCACCUGUCCUCAGUGUGGAAAGAGUUACAAAGUCAAACAAAGCCUUGAGGAUCACAUAAGAGUUCACACUGGAGAGAAGCCGUUCAUCUGCCCUCAGUGUGGAAAGGGUUUCACAGCAAAACAGUGUCUUAAAAGUCAUAUGAGCAUUCACAUUGGAGAGAAACCUUUCACCUGCUCCAUCUGUGGGACGAGUUUCACACAACAUCAAAGUCUUAAACAUCAUAUGUACACUCACACUGGAGAGAAGCCUUACAUUUGCCCUCAAUGUGGAAAGAGUUACACAAUAAAACAACAUCUUAACAUUCACAUGAGAAUUCACUCGGGAGAGAGACCCUUUUCCUGCACUCAGUGUAGAAAGAAUUUUACAAUAAAAGUUAACCUUGAGAGUCACAUGAGAGUUCACACUGGAGUGAAACCUUUUUCCUGUUCUCAGUGUGGAAAGAGAUUCACAGUGAAACAAAGCCUUGAGAGUCACAUGACCAUUCACACUGGAAAUAAGCCUUUCACCUGCUCCGAGUGUGGAAAGGGUUUCACAGGUAAACAUAAGCUUAGUUAUCACAUGAGAAAUCACACAGGAGAGAGGCCUUUUAUCUGCUCUAAGUGUGGAAAAAGUUUCACAAUGAAACAAAACCUUGAGAUUCACAUGAGAAUUCACACUGGAGAGAAACCUUUUUCCUGCUCUGAGUGUGGAAAGAGUUUUACAAUAAAACAUAACCUUGACAGUCACAUGAGGAUUCACACUGGAGUGAAGCCUUUCACCUGCUCUCAAUGUGGAAAGAGUUACAAAGUGCAACAAAGCCUUGAGAAUCACAUGAGAGUCCACACAGGAGAGAACCCUUACACCUGCUCCGAGUGUGGAAAGAGUUUCACAGUCAAACAAAGCCUUGAGAUUCACAUGAGAAUUCACACUGGAGUGAAACCUUUCACCUGCUCCGAGUGUGGAAAGAGUUUCACAAUCAAGCAAAGCUUUAUGAGUCACAUGAGAAUUCACACUGGAGAGAAACCAUUCACCUGCCCUCAGUGUGCGAAGAGCUUUGCGCAACGUGGACAUCUUAAUCGUCACAUCAGAAUUCACACUGGAGAGAAGCUUAUUGAUAGAGUGGGGGAAAUCUCUGUCACCUAUGUACAGCAUCCAUCUAAAUGAAGUGAUGGCAGUCAUAGCAUCCCAGCUCAUCCGCCAGCUAUCAGAGGAGAGUGAUGUAGUCAGUUUGUUUGAUUAGGAGACCAGGACUGAUAUGAAAACAAGAGGAUGCCAAGUUUACACCCCCACUCUUAACAAGCAAAUGUUUCUCUUGUUCAUUUUUACCAAAAAUGCAUGGCAGGAUUUGAUUUUGUGAUGAUGUGCAUGGAUAAUAUACACUGCAUUAUUCCGUAAAAAAUAAUAAUUGUGAAUUUAGACUUCCUGUUGACUUUUACAAAACCUCUAUCAUAAAACUGUUGUUAAACACUAAGGCUACGUUCACACCGUCAGUUUUUGGGAUUGACAACCGAAUUUUCUUUACAGGUGUAAGUUACUCGAAAUGUCUCGUUCACACAGCAGCUUACAGCUGUGUUUAGAAUACUGUCUGUAUGAACGUGCAAUGGGAGUCAAGCCUGUAUUCCUUACCAGUAACCAUAGCGACCACUGACCAAAGUAAAAUCAAAGAUGGCGACAUCCAUAAAACUGAAAGUCUUAUCACUUUCUGACAUGAAAAGAGUCCAAUCGAGCUGCAAGUUCAUCAGUCAAAUCUUCAUUAACCGACAGCAGUUUUUAAAUUUGUGUGGAGAGCGGAGCAAUUGAAUCGCGCAGAACACAAAACUGAUGGGAUCCAAAACUUUAAGAUGACACGCAGCUCAUUUCUCCGUCACUGUAAGUUACCGAAAACACGUAACACGGUAGACACACGUUUGUGAAGCAGAGUGGCUCUCUCUCGCACUGUAUAACAUGGCAGACUAGUUGUCCUGUCUUGUUCCAUUCACAGAGCGUGUGUUUUCUGAGAAUGCGGUUGGGAAUCCUGAAAAUUUACAGGUGUGAGUUUGGUUACAGAAUGCGGUUGUCACACCCGUAAAUAACUAAACUGUGGCUACAUUCACACAGUCAGUUUUUGGGAUUGACAACCGCAUUUUCUUUAGACACUGUUAGACAUUUCAAAUGGUUUUUACAGUAACAUUGUUGCCAGUAAGUUACUGUAAUUAAGAUUUACAGUAGCAAACUGUAUUUGAUUUACAGUUGCGAACUGUACUGUUUUAUAGUAAAUUACUGUUUAAAAAAUAUAAUUCAUCAGUAUACUACUGUAAUUCAUUAAUUUUAAUAUAAAUUUCAUUAGGUUUUA